GUGGAGCCAUGACAAUGGAGGCUCUCCCCAAGGCCCCAGAGAUUGAUGAGAAGUCUCCAGAGUGCAAGGACCUGCUGCCCAGCCAGACGGCCAGCUCCCUGUGCAUCAGCUCCAGAAGUGAGUCGGUGUGGACCGCCACCCCCCGGAGUAAGUGGGAAAUCUACCGCAAACCCAUCAUUAUCAUGUCGGUGGGCGGCGCCAUCCUCCUCUUCGGUGUGGUCAUCACCUGCUUGGCCUACACCCUGAAGCUGGGUGUCAACAGCCUUAAGGUCCUUAAGAUGAUAGGGCCUGCCUUCCUGUCUCUGGGACUCAUGAUGCUGGUGUGCGGGCUGGUGUGGGUGCCCAUCAUCAAGAAGAAACAGAAGCAGAAACAGAAGUCAGUUUUCUUCCAGACUCUCAAGUCCUUCUUCCUGAACCGCUGAUGGUGGCCUCACUUUCUCUUCUCCUCGUCACCCUGCUGCCUCGCCCGGGAGGAUAUCUGCAACG